UUAUUCAUUAGUUGGAGUUGCAAUCAAUAGAGCAUGCGUUGACCCCAGAUCAGUUCUAUGCAGAUUCCUGGAGACUUGUAGACUUGAGUGACCAUGUGACAGAAGCACGAGUAUGUGUCCAUGACUCAAAGCUCAGCAGCUUGUAGGGUGAACCCAUCAUCAGUGGAAAACAAUGGAUAUUGACAAGGGUUCAUCAGCAUUGAACUCCAAGAGAUAAAGGCACAUGGAGGCAGAGCCAUGAGCAGGAGCUAGGCUGUGAUAUCACUGCAGACAGUACAGCCCCACCCAUUUUUAGCAUAGGUAUAUGUGUGAACACAAGUUUAUUUUGCAGCACUUUGCUGAUGUUUAUGCUAUCGGAACGUGGAAUACUGCACAAACAUUCGGGACUGACGACUGCCUAAUUAGGCAAAAAAAGGCCGCAGGACAUUCACAAGGUCUUCAGGUGCAAUCAAGAUGGGAAAUAGGCAAUCCCUUGAAAUAACAAGACCACAGACAGAACAUGGUGGAAAACACGUUCAAAAUGGUGAACCCAACGGACAUGCUAUAUCUGGUUCUCAUUUGCCUGAUGCUGUGUCCUGUGAAGUAUCAGUGCAGCAAAACAGUGAACUGCCUGUCAUGACUCAAACAAAUAACACAAAGCCACCAGCAGAAUCAGUAGAAGUUGAUGCCAAGCAAGCCAGGGCUGUAGUCGUAUCUCUGGACGUAUCACCUGAGCAAGAAAUCCCAGCAGAGAGCAGCACACCAGUUAAAGAGGAGACACCAAAACCAGCUCAGCCCGCCAACUUCUUCAAGAAGUUCAAGAAGAAGAAUGAACCUGUGGCCCCAGCAGCAGAGGUGUCCUGUGAAAUAUCAGUGCAGCAAAACAGUGAACUGCCUGCCGUGACUCAAACAGAUAACAUAAAGCCAUCAGCAGAAUCAGUAGAAGUUGAUGCCAAGCAAGAUAGUGCUGUAAUCAUAUCUCUGGAAGUAGCACCUGAGCAAGAAAUCCCAGCAGAGAGCAGCACACCAGCUAAAGAGGAGACACCAAAACCAACUCAGCCAGCCAACUUCUUCAAGCUUUUCAAGAAGAAGAAUGAACCUGUAAUCCCAGCAUCAGAGGUAUCCUGUGAAGUCUCAGUGCAGCAAAACAGUGAACCACCUGCCAUGAAUCAAACAAAUAACACAAAGCCACCAGCAGAAUCAGUAGAAGUUGAUGCCAAGCAAGCCAGUGCUGUAGUCGUAUCUCUGGAAGUAGCACCUGAGCAAGAAAUCCCAGCAGAGAGCAGCACACCAGUUAAAGAGGAGACACCAAAACCAGCUCAGCCUGCCAACUUCUUCAAGAAGUUCAAGAAGAAGAAUGAACCCAUAACCCCAGCAGCAGAGGUGUCCUGUGAAGUGUCAGUGCAGCAAAACAGUGAACCACCUGCCAUGACUCAAACAAAUAACACAAAGCCAUUAGCAGAAUUAGUAGAAGUUGAUGCCAAGCAAGCCAGUGCAGUAGUCGUAUCUCUGGACGUAUCACCUGAGCAAGAAAUCCCAGCAGAGAGCAGCGCGCCAGCUAAAGAGGAGACACCAAAACCAGCUCAGCCAGCCAACUUCUUCAAGCUUUUCAAGAAGAAGAAUGAACCUGUGGCCCCAGCAGCAGAAGUGUCCUGUGAAGUGUCAGUGCAGCAAAACAGUGAACCGCCUGCCGUGACUCAAACAAAUAACACAAAGCCAUCAGCAGAAUCAGUAGAAGUUAAUGGCAAGCAAGCCAGUGCUGUAGUCGUAUCUCUGGACAUAUCACCUGAGCAAGAAAUCCCAGCAGAGAGCAGCGUGCCAGCUAAAGAGGAGACACCAAAACCAGCUCAGCCAGCCAACUUCUUCAAGCUUUUCAAGAAGAAGAAUGAACCUGUGGUACCAGCAGCAGAAGUGUCCUGUGAAGUGUCAGUGCAGCAAAACAGUGAACCGCCUGCCGUGACUCAAACAGAUAACGCAAAGCCAUCAGCAGAAUCAGUAGAAGUUGAUGCCAAGCAAGCCAGUGCUGUAGUCGUAUCUCUGGAAGUAUCACCUGAGCAAGAACUCCCAGUGGAGAACAGCACACCAGCUAAAGAGGAGUCACCAAAACCAGCUCCAAAAGCCAAGUUCUUCAAGCUUUUCAAGAAGAAGAAUGAACCCAUAACCCCAGCAGUAUCAGAGAGCAAUGAAUCAGCUGAAGAACAGACGGCUCCUGAAGUACACACUGAUGGCCAGAUGUUUGAGCCUCCUGACAUAAAGGGAAGUACACAGCCUGAGGAAGAGUCACAGGGUGAAUCGCUCAAUUCCAGCGCCGCUGAGGUCGCAGAAGACAGCGCUCAACCGGAGGAGAUUAACCCAGAGGAAAAUCCAGUUAUGAACUUUUUCAAAACCCUUGUGAGUCCGACCAAAACAACAAAAGAAGCGACAGCUGCUCCUGAUGCCUCAAAAGACCAGUCACAGAAGGAGACCCCAUCGGUUUCAACACCAAGCGUACAGGAAGUACCGAAGGUGCCCCCUCCUCCACCGCCAGCACCUCCAAAGAUGGAAAGUAAAGCUGAAUCAACCGUAAAGAAAGAGGAGGCCCCAGCAGCAGAAGCAGCAGCAGCAGCCAAGGAGCAAGAGACCCCCAGUAAAGCUAAAGCUAAAGACAGCCCAUUUGGCAAGCUCUUCCGUCCAAAGUCUGUGGUGAAGGAAGAAGCAGAGCCAGUUGAGGUACAGGUAGAUGCAUCCAAGACCAGCACCCUUGAGGCUGCUGCCAAACCGGAACCGCCUCCGGCCCCUAAACCAGAAGAAAAGAAACCAGAGAAGAAGCCCUCACCCUUUGCCAACUUGCUCAAACCAAAGGUACUGCUAGGCCAAGUGAGCUCUAAGAUCCAGGCAGCUGCAUCAAGUGCUGCAGCCAGUGUCUCCCUUGGCACUGGAGGAGCGGCCACAGAGCAAAAGAAAGAACCCCCUGCAGCCCCUGCCGCAGCAGAGGCCGCUGCAAGUGCCAAGGUCAAAGAAGAGCCAAAGCCCGCCGUUACAGCUGCUGCUGUUGCUGCGGCCGCCCCGGACAACAAGUCAGUGGGCAGUGCAGAUAACCCUUCGCCCAGUGUCCCACGCAAGCUAGAGAAGAGGAACUCCAUCCAACUGUUCUUCAAAAACCUGGGUCAAAAACGUCACUCUGACGCUGGAGUGCAAACGGAAGCCGUGGCACCUGAGAAGGCCAAGUAAAAGCCCUGCUCUUCGUCAUCUGCGCUGAAAAGAAAACCCUUUGCAUGUAAAUAGGUAUACGCAUCUGAAUGUCCUGACUUGGGGGGUUUACUUCUUACUCACCCUCCUGAACUGAACUGAAAGGAAACUCAUAAAGCAAGGCCAUUCCCAAUUUCAGUACUUCCCAAACCUUCUGGAGUCAACUUGCGUCUUAAUCCCAAUACUUAUAGGGGAAUUCCACUGAUUUUUCAAAAUGAUUAAAUAAUUCAGUAAACAAAGUCAUUGAGAGUGGCUU